UCCAACAAUCAAUCCAUUAAUACCCGUAUUUAAUCACCCCGUUACUUAGAGAACACAUAUCAAUCCCCCGAAAUGUUCGACCUCCCAGAAGCAAAACGCGUCCGUCGCGAUGAAAUCCUUUCCCGCGAAUCCACCUCCCCAUCACCCUCUCCACCACCAGAAACAGCAUAUCAAAAUGGUCACCAGCGUCUAGCCGAACUACUCAACUUUGACGUCGACGUCUUUGCGCCUGAGCAGACAACCGCUGCGAACAACGAACCAGACCACGCAAAAUCAGAGCAGCAACAAGGAGGAGGAGAAGGAGAAGGAGAAGGAGGAGAAGACGAAGAACAAGAAUUCGAAUUCCGGCUCUUCAGCGCACCGAAACCAUCCACCGCGACACCCACCGCACAGAAAGAUGAGAGGAAAGGCGAAGCCGGCGCAACACAAACACAAACCCAGAAACUACGAAUCCGAGUACGCUCACCAACGCCCGGCCCCGCGGAUCUGUCAGAGGGGAGAUUCGUGAAUCCAUUCCGCGGAUGGCAGUAUUAUUUCACGAACCCGGGUUUGUUAUCUGGUUCGAAGGAGAACGGGGACGGGGACGAAGAUGACGAGGUGGAACUGAAACGGAGACAAUUUGAGGAUGUCGCUGUAACUGGAGAGCAUAUGUUGGAUUGGGCUAGCGUGCAGCCUUGGCCCGGCUGCCACCUCCCUUGGCGCAUAAUUCACCUCAAGCGCCAACACACCAAACUACCCAAAGACCCCGCCGCUCCCACCCCCGCAACCACAGUAUACACAACCGAUCCCCCAACAACAAGAACGCCGAAAUCCCACAAAAAGCCUGGUAAAAAGCGCCGCAUCCAAUUGCGCAAGCGCGUGACGGCCGCGGAGACGGCGAAGCUGGCUGAUUCGGAGAAGCGGAAUCGCAAGAAUCGCGAGAGGAAGAUUAAGCGCAGGCAGAAGGCGAGGGAGCAGAAGGCUGCGGCGGCGAUUGCGAAUGGGGAGGAUCCGGAUGUUGUUAUGGCGGAGGGGGAUGGGGAUGGUUCAUCUGGUGAGGAGUAGUCGGUUGAAGGCGGUUGGCCUGAUUUGUGUAGCUUGAUACCCUUGUAGUGGAACAGUGCAUCGAUUACUGAACGAAGACGGUAUAUUCAACAUUGAAUUGCGUGAUAUAAACAACUAAGGGUAUAAUUAGACCAACAAAAUCCACCAUGGAACCCAGCAGGAAUGGGUAUCUAAUGCUAGGUAUAAACAUAGACUAAAUCAAACGCGCGAGAAACAAGAAACAAAAACAAAUUAGGUCAUGCCCUUAACCGAAGGCUAUUGCUUGGGUGCUUCAG